GCCGCGCAGCAGACCUCUCUGCGGGCCUCGGUCUGCGCUCGGUGUCUGGGCGGGCACAAGUCUCCCACGCGCGGGCCCCGCAGCGGCGCCGCUUUCCCGCCGAGCAUGGGGCUGCCUCGGAGGGCAGGGGACCCGGCGGAGCUGCGCAAGAGCCUGAAGCCACUGCUGGAGAAGCGCCGCCGCGCGCGCAUCAACGAGAGCCUGAGCCAGCUCAAGGGCCUCAUCCUGUCGCUGCUGGGCAGGGAGAGCUCCCGCUUCUCGAAGCUGGAGAAAGCGGACAUCCUGGAAAUGACCGUGCGCUUCCUGCAGGAGCUGCCUGCGUCCUCCUGCCCGACGGCAGCGCCCACGCCCUCCGACAGCUACCGCGAGGGCUACCGAGCCUGCCUGGCGCGCCUGGCCCGCGUGCUACCCGCCUGCCGCGUCCUGGAGCCCGCCGUGAGCGCUCGCCUGCUGGAGCACUUGCGCCGGAGGGCGGCCAGCGCCACCCCCGACGGCGGGCGCGCGGGGGACUCCUGCGGCCCGCCCGGGCCCUCCCCGCCGCCCGCGCCCUCACCACCUGCGCCUCCUCGGGACCCAGGCCUCUGGCGGCCCUGGUAGUCCCCUGGCCGGUCCAUGGGACCCUGCUGACAGCGUGGGACCAGGAAUGCUGGACAGACUGAGGAAGCUCUUGGUGGCGGCUCUCCUUCACACCACCAGGGACCAGCCUGGUACCUACAACCUGGCCAGACCCGGAUGUUUGUGAGCUGUGUGGCAGACUGACCUCCAUGCGGGCUCAGGAAAUAAGAGGAGAGGCCCACUCUCAGCCCCAACUUGGGGUGUCUGGGCUAGAGGUAGAGGGGCAGGUGGCUGCAGGGAGAAGAAGAAGCCUCCCACCCCAGUUGGUGGAAGGGUUCUAGGGCUGGGCCAGCCACUGCUGCCUGAGCAGCCCACACACCUGCCCCAGCGCUGGCACCAGCCCAAGGGCUGGGCCAGGAGCUCACCUGAGCCAGGUGCAGCAACCUGCUCUGACUGGUCACCACUCUCCCAACGCUGCUUGAACCUGCCUUCUCGCCAGCUCAGCUUGGUAACCUCUGGGCACACAGCAGCAAUGGCCCGAGGGGCUCUGAAGGCUGGGGAGUCAUGACCUCCCCUCCUGGGCUCCCUGCCUAAAGCUUCCAAUUAUAGGGACAGGAUGCAGCCAGGGCUCUGUGUCCCGGGGGGUGGGGGCUUCCUUAGGUAGUCUUGGGAAGGAUUUAUUUCCCCAAGCAUUAAGUUAACACCUGUGUACCACACACCAGGCCAGGUGGUCUUGGGGUGUGAAAAAGGGGUGGGACAAGAAUGAGGGUGCCCUGUGGCCUCAAGGAAGCUUGCCACCUUGAAGGGCCCAGGUCCAGCACAGAGCUGGUGCCAGUGUGAGGUGAGCAGGUCCCGUGUCCUGGAGCAGCAGAAAUUCAAGGGAUAACACAGCAGGUUAAGGAACAGGAAUCCCCCUUUCUCUUCUGAACUGCUCUCUGCUACUGUCAGGACAGAUAGCUGGAAGCAACUUGUUCUUAAGACUUUUCUUUCUUUCCCAUGGAAGCCAGAGAGCCUUCAAAGGUCCAGUGGUGGUGGUGGGGUGCUGUGGAUCCCAGCAGUGGGUGCCCAGGAGAAGGCCAGAGCAUCUGUGGCCCACCCUCAGUCGUGUUCCCAGCAUCUCGUGGGGAUUCGCUGAGCGUUUGUGGGAGGUUGCGAGUCCUCCCUCCAGUCCCCGGUCCAACAGCCUGUGCGAGGGACCAGGGCACUAGGGGCAAGAAGAUAGAGCUGUUGGGGGGGUCACUAAAUUGAGCUAUGCCACAUAAACCCAUGAUGACCAUGGCACUGAUUCUGGUGGCAGGAUGUGGGGAAGCGGUGGGCAUUACUGAGGAAGUCAAUGUGAAGACAGCAGGGUGAGCCCACAGCAAGGGGGGCUGUCCUACCGCCUGUCUGGGCCCAGCUGGCUGGACUGCAAGCUCCUGCGGGGCAGGGCCAGGGCUGAGUGUACCACCUUGUCCCCAAGGAACUCGGCACGUGGUGGGUCCUCAAUAAACAUCGUGAGCCAACGAAUGGGUGAUGUGACGGGCCCGCUCCACUGGACCCCGACAGACUGGUUGUUGCCUCAACGCCUAUCCCCAGAGCCCUAAUAUCACUUUGAAAAGCUGCUGCCCCAGAGCAUGAGCUCCCCGGGACAAAUGUGGGGAAGGGUGUGGAGAGUAGGGAGGGCAGUUCCUUGGAAUGCAAGCCUGCUUUCCUGAGCUGCCAGGAGCGAGUGGAGGGGGCACGUAACCCACAAGCCCAUGCUUGCCACGAGAGUUCAAGUUUCUCCCUUGGGUCAAGGACGCCCAUCCAUCGGCACAAACUGGGCCGACUCCCUGUCCCUUUAAAUAAGAGCUUUCAGUAUGGGUUGAAAUUCGGUAAAAACUGACCAACCAGAGGCCCCUCUCCUCCUUUCGACCACUGCUUGCUUCUGAGCCCCAUCUGGGUCCCCAACUCUGUGACUCUCGUUGAUCUGACCCCAAUCAAGCCACAAUACAAGCAGUCAGGGACGGGGCGUGUAGGUAGGCCAGUGACACACAGGGUCAGGCAUUCCGGGGAUCUGAGCUGGCGGCCAGCCAGGCCUUGGCAAGGAGCUGAGACAUGCCUGGGUGGGUGAGGCUCUGGGCCUGAGGUGAGAAGCCAGUUUCCCAGCAGGGACGUGCAAGAGCUGCCUAGAAGGUCUCAGCUGGUCCUCUGAGUUGGGCUUGUGAAAUAGGGACGCCCACAUCCCUCCCCUACAGGGCCCCUGCAGGUGCCUCCCCCUGGCAGCUCCCCAGGUAUUCCCAGAGCCCCGUCUCAUGGCCAAAGGUGAGCCCAGGGCAGAGCGGGCUUCUUCUGCGUGGGAGGGAAGCCGCCUCACUCAGGGGCAUUUAAUGAUCCUUAUAAGGCUCACAGAGUGCCCAGUGAACAGCUCUUGUAAUGUCCUCUCUGUUCUGGUCCCAUGACUCAGUCUAACUCUGUCUGGUUAUCAUGCUUGGUUAGAGGCAAGGCUCCCAUGUCUCAUAAACCAGUGGGUGAAAUCGUCCAAUGACCUAAGCACAGUCAGAGCACUGAGCUGUCGGGGAGACUCAGGCUGGGGCCAGGCCCCACCUGUCCCCCCGCACCAGUUAAUUUGGAGAGGGCAGAUCUCGUUUCCAUGAGGGUUGCCAGGGAGGACUCCCCUAAUAAACAUUUACAAAUUACUCUGCUCCGCCUGUGAAGCCCAGACUCUGAGGAUGAGUGUUCCGCUGGUUUAUCUGGAAUAGGAUCAGAAUGAACAUAGCCUGCGGGGAACGCCUGGAAGAAUCUGUGGCUUUGAAGAAUCCUCGCCACCGUGCUUUGGGGUGACCACGGCACCUGGAGACAGCGGCGGCACGUCCCCAUCGUGCGCAGGCAGCCACCUCCUACUCGAAACGUCAAUAAGCAGCCAUAUUUACUUUUUAUUUAUUAAAAAAAAAUUUUUUUUUUGGCCUUGCCGCAAGGCAUGUGGGAUCUUAGUUCCCCGACCAGGGAUCAAAUCCGUGCCCCUUGCAUCGGCAGUGCAUAGUCUUAACCACUGGACCGCCA